CUGUACUUUGAGGAGAAGCACCUCCUCCCUCUACACUCCUGCAGUUGUACAUACUCGAUGAACAUGUCACAUUUAACAGGAUUUGUGAGCUGAUAGCGUGGUCGUGUUAAGGCUCUAAAUGCUUCAGACUGUGACUGAGAUGUUCCCCUGAGUUAAAACUUCACAACUUGACGAAGACUUCCCCGAGAUUUACUUCCCUGGUGCCACAAUGGCCUCUAAUAUAAUUGUGGAGCAGCAGUUUUCUCACAAAUUCACAGUAACAGUGGUUGGAGCUGAGAGCGUUACCAAGGGAGCACUGGGUGACUUGUUGGACACUCCAGAUCCGUAUGUGGAACUGUUCAUCCCGACAGCCCCAGAGAGCAGAAAGAGGACCAAGCACAUAGACAACGACAUCAACCCGAAAUGGAACGAGACCUUUCAGUUCAUAUUAGAUCCCAAUCAGCAGAACACUCUGGAGCUAACAUUAAUGGAUGCCAAUUAUGUGAUGGAUGAGACACUUGGGACGGCAUCCUUUGACCUUUCCAAGCUCAGAGUGGGCCAGAAAAAGACAGAGGCGUUCCUGAUUGGCAAAGCAACCAAAGUGUUCCUAGAGAUGUCAUUGGAGAUAUGCACAAAGCUGGACCUGCGGUUCAGUCUGGCCCUGUGUGACAAAGAGAAGCAGUUCAGGCAUACCCGCAGAGAGCGAGUGAUGCUUGGCAUCAAGAAGCUGCUGGACAUGGAGAAGCCUCGUUUUCUCCCCAGCUCUCCAGAGGAGGUGCCAGUGAUCGCCAUAGCUGGUUCAGGAGGUGGUUUCCGUGCCAUGGUCGGUUUCUCAGGUGUGAUGAAAGCUCUGUUUGAAUCUGGAGUCCUGGACUGUGCCACAUAUGUUGCUGGACUUUCUGGAUCCACAUGGUACAUGUCUACACUCUACUCGCAUCCUGAUUUUCCAAAUAAAGGCCCAAAAGACAUUAACAGUGAACUGAUGCAGAGAGUCAGUAGCAACCCACUGAGGCUGUUGCUGCCUCAGCACAUCACCAACUAUAUUCAGGCGCUGUGGACCAAGAAGGCCUCGGGACAGCCUGUCACCUUUACCGAUAUCUUCGGUAUGCUCAUAGGAGAGACGCUCAUACCGGCGAGGAUGGACAUCAAGCUAAGUGAUAUCCAGGAAAAAAUAAACCAGGCUCAAAGCCCUCUUCCUCUUUUCACCUGUCUGCACGUCAAGCCAGAUGUUUCUGAGCUCAUGUUUGCUGACUGGGUGGAGUUCAGCCCAUAUGAAAUUGGAAUGGCAAAGUACGGCACCUUCAUGACACCUGACCUUUUUGGAAGCAAGUUCUUCAUGGGAACUGUGGUGAAGAAAUAUGAAGAGAACCCUCUUCAUUUUCUGAUGGGCGUUUGGGGAAGUGCCUUCUCAAUUCUCUUCAACAGAGUGCUGGGAGUAAAAGACACAACUGGUGGCAGCACGAUGGAGGAGGAGUUAGAACAGAUCAAACCACAGCAUAUUGUGGGAGAAGACAGCCUGGACAAUGACGACGAGCCUCGCAAAGCUGGGACAGAAAACCAGGAGGCGGAGGAGGAGUUUCACCGCACCGCUCAGGCCAGCUGGGUUCAACGAAUGUUCACGUCGCUCUUCAGUGACUCUGCUUUGUUCAACACAAGAGAGGGCCGAGCUGGGAAGGUGCAUAACUUCAUGCUGGGCCUGAACCUGAACACCAACAUGCCCUUCUCUCCUGUCACCGGGAUGACGUGUCAUGCUCAGACACCGGAGGAGGAGGUGGAUGCAGUCACAGACCCAGACGAGUUUGAUCGAAUUUAUGAACCUCUGGAUGUGAAAAGUAAGAAGAUCCAUGUCGUGGACAGCGGCCUGACCUACAACCUUCCCUACCCACUCAUCCUGCGGCCGCAGCGCAGCGUGGACCUCAUCAUCUCCUUCGACUUCUCUGCAAGACCAAGUGACUCCAGUCCCCCGUUUAAGGAACUUCUUCUGGCAGAAAAAUGGGCGAGAAUGAACAAGCUCCCAUUCCCCAAGAUCGACCCCAAAGUCUUUGACCGCGAGGGUCUGAAGGAAUGCUACGUCUUUAAACCAAAAAAAGGCGAGAAGAACUGCCCGACUGUCAUCCACUUCGUACUGGUCAACAUCAACUUCAGGCAAUUCAAAGCUCCCGGUGUUCCCAGGGAGACCGAGAAGGAAAAAGAGUUGUCAGAUUUUGACAUUUUUGAUGACCCUGAGACUCCUUUCUCCACUUUCAACUUCCAGUACUCCAACGAAGCAUUCACCAGACUUCACGAUCUCAUGGAAUUUAACACACUCAACAACCUUGAGGUUAUCAAAGAAGCCAUCAAGGACUGCAUCGUGUCCCGGAAGGAGAACCCCACAUGUGUCUCCCGUCCUUUUUCCCUCAGCGAGAUCCCGAAGAAAAGGUUUUUCAAAAGAGAUUCUCGUUCUAAACCCUGGAACCACCUUGGAAAUGAUAGCAAGUAGCUCAAAGCUAAACCCCUGAGAUUUCUCUUGAUUCUGCAUCACAGUGAAGCAUUUUCUUUUUGGACUAUGCUUUUUUGUCAACUUUUAUCUAUGAUGGUUUUGUUUGAUUCAGAAUUAAAAAAAAAGAAGUUUUUAAAAAGGAUUUUUCUAAUCUAGACAAAACAUUUACUGAAAAAGUCUCAUGAUUUCAUUGAUAAAUGGUUGAACUGUAUGCAGGCUUUAUUUCCAGAAAUGUGACUUUUCAUAAAACAGCUAUCAAAACAAACAGAUGCUAAUUAAUUUUUUCUGCUGGCUGUUACAACGACGACAUGGUAAAACUCAAACCUUCACUCUUGUUCAAAACAUUGUAGUGCAACUCUGUGGUUGUUGCUAUCUUGAAAAAACAUUAGUCCUUCAUGUUUGAAAGAAGUGUCCACUUGAAAUGGAUGUGCUCAUCCACUUCACUUUAUGACAUCGUGUCAACUUUCUGCAACAUUCCCUGCAUGUGUGGACACCUCUUGGCUUCAGUUCAUACUAAAAAGAGCACAGCUUUAUUUGCAUCUUUUUAAUGACUUUGUUGUGUAGCCAUACUGUGGUGAACUGAGUGAAUGCACUGUAAGAAUCCUCACCUGUGAUUUACUUGUUUGUGUGCUCAGCUCUAUUCAAACUUAGCAUGCAAAUCACCAUGUUUUUGUUUUGUUUUGUUUUUUUUUCCUCGCCGGAUGGCUGGUCUAAACAUGCAUCCUUGCUGGAAAACAUGGCCGAGGAGCUUGUUACCACUGGUUUUGUUUGAUGGCAACUCCUAAACACACCAAGUGCACCCCUCUGGAUACCUCAAACAUGUCAGUGAUGUUUACCCACCUACAGGGAAGGAGCACUCCCUGCUACCCUGCAGGGAGUGUCUCGCAUUACAGCCACCAUUUUGGAAAAACAGAAGUUGACUCCAUAGAAACAGCUCCUCUUCUUCCUUUCAUGCUAUCUCUUUUUCUCUCUGUGCAUUCAUAAAGGUGUGUUUAUUUUCCUGGUCAUAUUGUUUCAGGGUGCCCUCUGCAAUUCGUUUUUUUUUUUUUUUCUUCUGGUAAUUUCCUUCUUUAAAAACCCAAACUCAGUGUUUGGUCCACUGAACAAUGAAGCAGAGCUGAGGUCAGAGCGAGGGAGGGCUGGGUGGGGUGGGUGUGCUGUCACGAGACCCACUCAUAGCUGAAAAACGGUGGCGCUUAAUGGAAUUUUACACACUACACCUGCAGCGCCAGACGCCUGGAAUCUGACACACUACACUCAUACCUGCAGGAGCCCCAAAGGCUGCACACACAACAGUGGAAUUUCACCCUGAAGCCCUGCUGACCCCUAUGUAGUCAUGUUUCAACCCUCUUCGGUUCUAUUACUGUUUUGUUGUUGUUAUGCAUUGUGUGAAGUGGUGAAAUGACUUUUUUUUCUUGUGUUUCCUGAGGCAACAGUAUGACAUUUUGGGUAAUACACCCAUAGGCCUUCACCAGUAGAUUAGAAAUUAACUUUACAGUAUUUUAACAUGACAUUGAAAUGUUUUUUUUUCUUUCUUUACUUGCAAAAUGUAUUUUCUCAUUCAACUCCUAAAGAUGGUCAGGUUGAUUAAGUUGUGUUGAGUUUUGAACAGCUGAUACACUCUUGUUUUUUGUCAGUAUCUUUUUUUCCUAAUAAAAUCUUUGACUUAAAUGCCAUUAAAUACUUCAUGUUAACAAUGUA